AUGACAUGGGAAGAAGCUUGCACCCAUGUUCCCAUCGCCGCAGUAAGAUAUUGGGCGCUUUCACCCAAUCUUAUCUGGCACGCAGAUGUUCAUUAUUUUAAGGGUGUUCGUGGCCAGUAUAUUUAUGGCAUAAUCGACGAUUUUAGCCGCAAAGUCCUAGCGUGUAUACAAAUACCAGAUAUGCUGGCAGCGACGACAGCGAACGUUGCGGCUUCCGCCUUCAUUGAAUUUGGCGCCCCUUAUUGUUUCUGGACCGACAACGGUUCAGAAAAUAGAGGCGCCUUUCAAGAUCUACUUGAUCUUUGGGGCGUCCAAUGGCGGCAUACAGACUCUCAUUCUCCCUACCAAAAUGGGAAGAUUGAGAGAUUCUGGCCGACAUUGGAGCGCUGCCAAAGCAUUCAGGCUAUUCCUGCCUUUAUUUGGGAGUACAAUAAUAACACACCGCAUGAAGAUCUCCCAAUUAAUCCAUUAACUGGAACAAAUUACACGCCAAAUCAAAUGUAUCAGCUGAAACCGAAAUACACAAAUGCAGAUACAGAAAGGUUGUGGCAAAUAUGGGAUACAGAUACAGGCAUGACCGCUGUUGACACAUUCACAGCGUAA